AUGAGCAUAUUACCUGAUAGAAAAGCAAUCAAAGGUGUAAAAGAAGGAAAGUUUUCAUCAUAUUAUAAAGUUCGUUUCGGGGAUGUUAAAAUUAAAUGGGAUGGGAAUCUUCAAGAUCCAAAAGAAUUAUUAGAUUUUAUUAAUAAUCACAUUAAUGAAUGGAAAAAAGAAGAUCGGCCCUCCAUUUGGGUUAAGCUCCGUGGGACAGAUCUCAAGCAUCUUUAUCCAUUAAUAAUGCAAGGUUUUGAUAUUCAUAGAAGUAAAUCAGGAAAUGUCAUUGUUCUCAAUAAAUGGAUUCGUGAAAAGUCAAAAACUUUACCUAACCCUCCAUUUGCAUAUUUAGGAGUUGGUGGAAUGUGUAUUAACAAUGAGGGCCAAAUUUUAGCUGUUCGAGAGAAUUACAAAACCGGUCCUUCUCCAUGGAAAUUACCUGGCGGACUUUUUGAUCCUAGAAAAGAUAAAAAACUUUCAGAUACUGCUGUUAGAGAAAUAAUGGAAGAAACAGGUAUUCAAGCUGAACCAAUGUAUAUGGUAACAUCUCGUUUCUGGCCAAAGAGUAAUACUUUCCAAGCUCCUGAUUUAUUCCAUAUUUUUCGCCUUAAACCCCUCUCAACCAAAAUUAAGUAUGAUCCUUAUGAAAUUCAUUCGGCUGCUUGGGUUAAACCUGACGUAUUAAUUAACUGCGGAUACGAUCUCAUUAAAUUUGCUGUUCAAUCCCAGAUUCAAAACAAAAUUGGUCUAUUAGAACGCGAAACUGUCUAUAGGAAUAACCAUCAAUUCUUAUACAUGCUACCUAAAUCAAAUGGAAUUUAA